AUGACGUCGACGAGUGAUAAUUCUCAAGUAGUUAGUGCUGAAACAAAUUUUGAGAGAAAAAGUGAAAUUGCUGAGUUUUUUGAAGGAUGUAAUGUUCUUGUUACCGGAGGUUCGGGGUUCGUUGGAAAGCUCCUGGUUGAAAAACUAUUACGAUCAUGUAAUGUCAACAAAGUUUACCUCAUUAUUAGAGGGAAAAAGGGAAAAUCUGUGGAGCAGCGUUACAAAGAGCACUUUGAAGAUAAGCUGUACGACAGAUUAAAAGUAGAAAAACCAGAUUUUGCUGGAAAAGUUGUGAUGAUUGAGGGCGGACUUGAUGACACUGGUCUAGUAAUAUCACCAGAAAAUCGAGAAAUUCUAAAAAGUUCCAAUGUCGUAUUUCACGGGGCUGCAACUGUCCGAUUCGACGACAAACUGAGAUUCGCAGUCAAUAUUAAUGUCAGAGGAACAAAAGAAAUUUUGAUUUUCGCCAGAGAAAUGCCCAAUCUCAAGGCAAUUGUUCACAUUGGAACGGCAUACUCGCAAUGUAUUAACAAAUUUAUCGAUGAAAUAUUUUACGAAAGUCCUUUGAAUAGUGAAAAACUGUUGACAUUGGUAGAUAUCCUCGAUGAUGAAGCUCUGGAAUAUGUAACGCCAAAGAUUAUAGGUGACUGGCCAAAUACUUACGCAUUCACAAAAACAGUAGCGGAAGAUGCGGUUCUCAGAUACGGCACAGGAUUACCUGUUUGUAUUGUUCGACCCUCGAUAAUGAUUGCCACAGAGAAAGAGCCAGUUCAAGGAUGGAUUAAUAAUCUCUACGGGCCCACUGGAGUCCUCGUUGGUGCUGGUAUAGGAUUACUGCGUACAUUACAUUGUUACCCUGAAAAAAUAGCUUUGCCAAGUGGUACAACGGAUAACUACAACGAUGAAGAAAAUGCUGACAGACCGCUCAUAUUCAAUUGUGUAUCUUCAGUACAAAAUCCGAUAUGUUGGGGUACUUUCAUGAAACUUACUGAAGAUCAUGGCAAAAUGGCCCCGCCUUCAACAGCUUUGUGGUAUUAUUUCUUCACCCUCAACAGUAAUCUCUUCAUGCACAACCUGUAUGUCUUUGUACUUCACUUAUUUCCGGCUCUGGUUAUUGACACUAUAUUAAGGAUAAUAGGACGUAAACCGAUGCUACUAACUGCGUACAAAAAAAUUCAUAAAUUCAGCUCGGUGAUAUCGUACUUUUGUACUCAGCAAUGGAAGUUCCGCAAUAACAAUGUUGUAAGAUUGUGGAACAAAUUAAAUCCAGUAGAUCGUAAAAUAUUUUACUUCAAUGUUAACGAAUUCAAUUGGAAAGAUUAUUGUCAAACUAUUAUAGUUAGUUACUAG